AUGGGAUCAACCACCAAAACACAAGCUGGUACAACAGCCAGUAUAGUUGAGAAUGAAAUAAAUUCAAGUUCAAGAUCCUCGAUUAACUCAGCAAGCUCAUCGUCGAAGGGAUUACUACAAGAAACUGUUAGCACUCAACAUGGUACAUUUGAAGCAACAUCAGUGCAAAUAUCAGAAUCUGAAGUCCGACCUUCUAAAAUGGUCAUUACUUUGACUUUGGCAUCAUCUAUAUCUGGUUUCAUGUUUGGUUAUGACACCGGUUAUAUAUCUUCAGCUUUAGUUCAAAUAGGUACUGAUUUAUCCAACAAAAUUUUAACUUCCGGUGAAAAGGAAUUAAUCACCUCAGCCACUUCCUUGGGUGCUCUUAUAGGGGCUAUAAUUGGUGGUAUAUUAGCCAAUAUUCUUGGUAGAAGAAUUGUUCUAUUAGGGUCCAACGUCAUUUUUGUUGUUGGUACAAUCAUCCAAUUGGCUUCUAAAACUGUAUGGACUAUGAUUGUUGGAAGAUUUGUUUUGGGUUGGGGUGUCGGUAUUGCUUCGUUAAUUGCACCAUUGAUGAUCUCUGAAUUAGCACCAGCAAAGUAUCGUGGUAGAUUGAUUGUUACCAAUGUUAUGUUUAUUACUGGUGGUCAAUUGAUUGCUUAUUUUAUUAAUUGGGGUCUUACUAGAGUAGACCAUGGUUGGAGGGUUUCUGUUGGCUUAUGUAUGGUUCCUCCUGUGUUGCAAUUUGUUUUAUUUUGGUUCUUACCGGAUACUCCAAGAUUCUAUGUUAUGAAUGGCGAAAUAGAAAGAGCCAAACAAGUACUUAGGCAAGUUCACAUUGAACCUUCAGAAGCAUUUGUCGAUGCUACAGUUGAUGAAAUGGUUGCUUCAAAUUCAAAUGUUCCUGGUAAAAAUCCACUUCAAAAGGCUUGGGAAUCUAUUAAAAUCAUCCACACCACCCCAGGUAAUUUCAGAGCAUUGAUUCUUGCUUGUGGUUUACAAGGUAUCCAACAAUUUACUGGGUUUAACUCUUUGAUGUAUUUCAGUGCCACAAUUUUCGAAACAAUUGGGUUCCAUAAUGCUACAGCUGUUUCCAUCAUUAUUGCUGCCACUAAUUUUGUAUUCACUGGUGUUGCUAUAUGUAUUAUUGAUAAGGUUGGUAGAAGAAGAAUCUUGUUAGUUGGUAUGCCAUGUAUGUGUGCUUCUUUAGUUGUCUGUGCCAUUGCAUUCCACUUCUUGGACAUUGAUUUUGGCUCAGGUGAAAUUAUUUCCAGAGGAAUUAAUGGUUGGGGUAUCGUUGUCAUUGUUGGUAUGAUCUUGUACGUUGCAUCUUAUGCGAUUGGUAUUGGUAACGCUGCCUGGGUUGGUGUUGAAUUGUUUUCAGAUGUAAAUGUUCGUUCUAUCGGUGCAAUGUAUGCAGCAGGUACUAAUUGGGCAGGUUCUAUGGUUAUUGCUGCUACUUUCUUGACAAUGUUGGAAAACAUUACCCCAACUGGUACAUUUUCUUUUUUUGCUGGUUUGUGUUGUGUUGCAUUUUUCUUUGUCUACUUUUUAUUGCCAGAUACUGCUGGUCUUGAAUUGGAAGAAACUACUGACUUCUUAGCUAAUGGAUUCAAUGUCAAACAAGCUUCCCAAUUAUCAAAAGAGAGAAAGAAACAUUCAAAGUUUGCCAAGUCCAAACCCAACUGUAUAGGUCUAGAUGCUUGA